AUGCUGCUGGGGGCGCCCUGGGGAAGAUGCAGCCCCGGGCGCUGUGCACUCCUCCUCGUCCUGGCCCUCCUGCUCGACGCCCUGGGCCUGGUGCUCCUGCUCGUGGGCAUCUUGGCGGUGCUGGAUUACUGGGACUUCCUGAUCUACUCGGGGUCCCUUAUCCUGCUUUUCAGCCUCCUGUUCUGGAUCAUCUGGUACUCCGUCAACAUCGGGCUGCCUCUUGAGAAGCUGGACUUAUAG